UCGACAACAUCACACGCUCCUCUUCUCUUUGAGACAGUAGAACCUGUCAUGAAUUGUACAAACUUGAGAUUCUUACCUGCCUUGAAAUCUAACACAUCCGUCUCAGAGGACCAUCAAACAGGAGAUGGGAACUCAAACAGCACUUUUAUAUUGGUUUUUGUAACCACCUUGUCCUUCUCCUUUCUAUUUGGCGAGAUUUUUGUACUGAUAUGCAUCAUGAGAAAGAAGGGAAUAAGGCAAAAGCAAGAUUUGGCAAAUUACCUUUUAGCAAUUGUAUUAAUUGGAUUAUAAUUUAUUUAAUACUUUUCAGGAGGUUACUUUCCACCCCCAACUUGAUAAAUUUGCACAUAUCAUUGGUCCUCUCAUUGUUAACGGUGCCCUAUAGGCGACUCAGUCAACUGAAUAUAAUUCCAUGCAAUCAAACCUCGUGGGGGUGUGGGCUCUGUGGGACAUUGGGCAGAGUAUUUAUCUGUCUCAAUCCUCUUACAAUGUCCACAAUAUUUUAUGAGUUGACGAAACCAAGAGAAAGCACAAAGUCGGGAUGGAUUGCUAUCUUCUUGUUUCCUUGGUUGACAUCUAUCUUUGCGUCAGUUCCAAAAUACUGGUUCUACAGAAAUGUUCCGACUGAAAAUGUGGCUGGAAUUGUGAUUUGGUCGUGUGCUAGGGUAACAUUUUUGGGGUCAGUAUGGGCUCACAUGGGAUCCGAAUGUUUCUCAGUGUUUUUAAAGAAUGUUCUUCCGUCCAUGUACAUGUUUUACGCUAUGUGGAAAAUUGGAUUUAGACUGAGGUAUCUUUUCCUUUGCCAGGAAAUUCCCCAUACCAUUCAGCUCAACAAGAUCCGUCGAGUUCGCUUUGUUUUUUGUCACAUGAUAUUUUUUGUCCUGACUUCAACACCUGUAGGAAUUUAUCACUUGGCAGUCGUCUUCUCUCGUCCACCGUCAUCCUGCCCGGAAAUCAUUAGACCGGAUGAAGCUCUUGGCAUCACGUUCAGUGCAUUGGUCCUUGUGCAGUUAAUUGUCCAGCCGUUCUUUUAUUUCUAUAAUGUGUUCGAAGUUCCUCUAGCAGAUUAUUUCGAAAACAUUCUGACUGUGCUUACUUGCAAAUCAAAUUAGGCAACGGAUGAUAAUCAACUACUAAUAAAAUUAAUUUAGCGUUUUCUCCAAAACUUUCUUCAAGACUUUCUCUAACUUUCCGAAAUCCACUUUCUUCUUUAGAGUACAAAUCCAAGUUAAAGUACAAAUUCAUGGUCAACUCCUUCAAUUAAAUAUUUAAUAUUUGUAGACACUCGAAACGAGCAAGGUUACAAAUUAUUGAUGUACAAAUUAAUAAUUGAUUGUUUUCGAUGCAGCAAAUACAACUGGGGCUUUGGUUGGUAUGUUGGUUGGCUAAAAUAAAUACGGACAU